AUGGAGGGUAGAGAAAACAUAUGUCAGUGCGCGGAAUGUGCUGUAUCCAAUAUUAUACAUUCUCCGAAUAAUAACAACCAAAAUACACCUGUUGAUGUUGCUCGUAAUCAUACUGCAUCAUAUGUUAGACCAGUCUUAAAUUCUCGUUCAAUUAUAAGUCCUACUCCUUCUGAUUUACCAACGGACACACAAAGACAGGUUAAUCAAACAACAGUUGUUCAACAAUCUCAACAGCAAUCAACAAAUAAUAAUAACAUUUCUAUACCUCAACAAACUCAACCAUUGACAAUCUCUCAACCAAGCAUCAAACAAUUAAGUCAUAAUGCUUUUACAUCAUUAGUGACACCUUCUUCAUCAACUAUUAAACCAGAAGAAUUUGCCAUUGCUUGCGAUGUAAUUAGAGAACUUGAUGCCCUUACAAACAAGAAACAUAAUCUUGAAAAUGAACAAGAAAAUAAAUCUUUUGAUUCACAUGAAAGUUUAAAUAAAAAAGGAACGUUGGACAAUAAUAGUAUUGACUUGGGGUAUGAUAACCCACCUAAAGAUUAUGAUAAGGAGCCAUCAUUUGAAGAACUCUAUGAAUCAAUAAGAAAGUUGAAUAAUACAAUGAAAAAUAACAUGAAUACUGGAGAAGCAGCCAAGGAAACUGAAGAAAAUCAUCACCUUUUUAGAACGCAUGCGGCAAAUAGCUCCAAUCUUGAUUAUAUUGGCAGUGCCUUGUCAAAAUCUGCCUGA